CCGCUCAGCUGCCGCCAGCCGGUCGCCGGUGCGGCGGCGAUGCCCCGCAGCCUGGCCGCGGCCCCCGGUCCGCCCAGCUAGUCCCCCCUUCCCCCGGCGCCACGACUCUCGGAGCAGCGAUGGGCAACACGGUGCACCGGACCCUCCCAGACUCCAGCCCUCCUGCACGCCUCCUGGCCACAAGGCCCUGCUACGGCCCCGGCCCAGAGAGGCGAGCAGUCCUGGGCGAGGCACCACGCUUCCACGCGCAGGCCAAGGGCAAGAACGUGCGUCUGGACGGCCACUCGCGCAGGGCCACGCGGCGGAACAGCUUCUGCAACGGCGUCACCUUCACACAGAGGCCCAUCCGCCUGUACGAGCAGGUGCGCCUGCGCCUGGUAGCCGUGCGUCCUGGCUGGAGCGGCGCCCUGCGCUUCGGCUUCACGGCGCACGACCCAUCGCUCAUGAGCGCGCAGGACAUCCCCAAGUACGCCUGCCCCGACCUGGUCACGCGGCCUGGAUACUGGGCCAAGGCCCUGCCCGAGAACCUGGCGCUGCGGGACACGGUGCUGGCCUACUGGGCCGAUCGCCACGGCCGCGUCUUCUACAGCGUCAACGAUGGCGAGCCUGUGCUGUUCCACUGUGGUGUGGCUGUGGGAGGCCCACUCUGGGCACUCAUCGACGUCUAUGGCAUCACCGAUGAGGUGCAGCUGCUGGAGAGCACCUUCGCGGACACGCUGACCCCUCUGCGCCUGGGCCAGGCCCGCCUCAGCGCCUGCCCACCUCCCGGCAGCCAUGACACCGCCAACUUCGACAACAAUGAGCUGGAGAACAACCAGGUGGUGGCCAAGCUGGGUCACCUGGCCCUGGGCCGUCCGGAAGCCGCCGUCCCGUGCGUGGCCCGCGAGCGCGCGAGGCCCGCGUCGUCGCCCGCACUGCUGGACGCCGAGCUGCGCUUCCACGCCACGCGCGGCCCCGACGUGAGCCUGUCCGCCGACCGCAGGCUGGCCUGCGCGCCCCGACCUGACGGCGGCCGCACGCUGGUGUUCUCCGAGCGGCCGCUGCGGCCCGGCGAGAGCCUGUGCGUGGAGGUGGGCCGGCCGGGGCUGGCGGCGCCCGCGGCCGUGGCCUUCGGCAUCACGUCGUGCGAUCCCGGAGCGCUGCGGCCCUCCGAGCUGCCCGCCGACCCCGCCGCGCUGCUGGACCGCAAGGAGUACUGGGUGGUGGCGCGCGCCGGCCCGGUGCCCAGCGGCGGCGACUCGCUCAGCUUCACCCUGCGGCCGGACGGCGACGUCCUGCUGGCGGUGAACGGGCGCCCCCGGGGACGCCUGCUGUGCGUGGACACCUCGCAGACGCUCUGGGCCUUCUUCGCGGUGCGCGGGGGCGUGGCGGGCCAGCUGCGUCUGCUCGGUACCCUGCAGUCCAGUCCUGAGACCACAACUCCAUCAGGGUCCUUCAGCGGCUCCCAGGAUGACAGUGAUUCAGACAUGACCUUCAGUGUCAACCCGUCCUCCUCAGCGUCAGAGUCCUCUCUGGUGACAGCCCCCAGCUCCCCACUGAGCCCCCCGGUGUCCCCAGUCUUCUCUGCACCUGAGCCGGCAGGCAGCAGGAAUGGAGAGUGUACCGUGUGCUUCGACAGCGAGGUGGACACGGUCAUCUACACGUGUGGACACAUGUGUCUCUGCCACAGCUGCGGCCUGCGGCUCCGAAGGCAGGCACGGGCCUGCUGUCCCAUCUGCCGGCGGCCCAUCAAGGAUGUCAUCAAGAUCUACAGGCCGUAGCCAGGCAGCUGGCUCGGCCGAGACGAGGUCACCUUUCUGAAGCCCCUGCUAGGUGGGCAACACCACGGCUACCAGGGAGCCCAAGGUCAGGAGCCAUCUCUCAUCUGCCGCUCCGCAGUGAUGAGCAAGGCAGGACAGGUGUGGAGAUGAGGGCCUGGGGGCCAGAGCCCAGGCAGGCAUUGCUUCCGGCUCAGACACGCAUUGCCCCCUAAAGCCUGUCCCAGGAUUCAGCUCAGGAACUGCCUGGCAGAUCACCUGCCUCUUGGUGACCUCCAGCUGGGAAAGGGUGCCCUCUGUCUGUGCAAUGCUUCUUCGGGGUUUGGGUUGAGUGUGUAUGUGUGUGUGUAUGUGUGUGUCGGGGUUGGGGGGGGUGGCGGAGACAGCACAGAGAGUGAGAGAGAAUGCGUGGAUGUUUUAUGCAGGGAUCCGUCUCCUGGAGGGUAUUUAACACUAAGGAAUGUGCAAUCCGGGCCCAAAUGUUAAUGUGAUGGUUGUCCAUGUUUCUGGGGGUGUGGUUUUCUGCAGUGAGCUGGCUUUGAACACACGGGGCCUGAACCUACACAGAACUCCCUCAACGGCACUCAGAUUUUCUAAGGGAAAACAAAAAUAACUCACUGUUUACAGCUCCAAGCAGCAGCUCCUGCUGAGGGGGAGGAUGGGCGGAGAACAGGUGGCUUUCGCCUCUUACUCAGACAAGGAGUGGCCUUCCCAUGGCGGCUGAGGACUCGUGCCCCAAGCUCUAGCGUCUUAGACUCCUUCACACACAUACCCAACCAAUAGAACAGUGAAAGCCCCCCCUCAGCUCCGUCCACACAUGCCCUGGAGUUUUGUCAUGCCCCUCCUGUUCUCUGGGGCAACUCCGUAUCUCCCAUGGUGGAAUUACGGAGAGCUGUGGGCAUGUCCCAAUGACUAGCUGGCAAAAGCUUGAAGUCCCAGACACCGUCCUCCCACACACACCUGGUCCUUGUCCGGAUCCUCUUAUUUUCCUGUUGAUUAUUACGGUGUUAACGAAUCCACUUGUUAGAUAGUUAGGAACACUGAAAACGCUCCCCACUCCUGGGCCUGUUUGCUGGCAUUUCCCAGCACCCUGGCCCUGCACCCCUCUCAUUGGGCCAGACCUUGCCAUUGCUGAUGCUCUGGCCAUUCGUGCUUCUCCCUUGUGGAGAGCCCUGGGUUCCUGGAUGAAGUCUGCCUGCCCCGAGAUAUACCUUUAGAGGAGCUCCUUGGCCUCUCUGUGUCUUUGUUCCUACUCGGACACCUGGCGCCAGGGCACUCUGGAGACCCACUCAGUUUUCUGAGAAAGCUUGAGACACCUCUUGAGGAGCAACUGUUUUCUUGGCAGCUCCUAAUCUGGCCCUCUCUUGCUGUGAAGGAGGUAGAGGGGAAGAGAAACACUCAGGAAGUGAGGGUCAUGCAAGUCUUUGUCAGGAGCCUUGGACCACCUGACAGUAGCCCAAACCUGGGUGCCUGGAGGCCUUGCGCCCCCCCCCCCCACCCUGCUUCUCCAUCUGGAAGUGUCUGGAUCUGGCCCAAUCACAGCCUCCGAGAGCUGGCUUUUUCCUAGGGACUUCAGGGCACACAUCCACCUUUUCACUUUGUGGUGUAUCUUUUGGGCUUUUUAAAAAUUUUGUUGUUGUUGGUGGUGGUGGUGGUGGUGGUAGUGGUGGUGGUGGUGGUGGUUUUGGUUUUCCUGGAACUCACUCUGUAGACCAGGGUGGCCUCAAACUCAAAGACCUGCCUGCCUCUGUCUCCUAGUGUGCUGGGGCUGAGGGCGUGUGUCAUUACUACCCUCUCGCAGCUGAAUCUUUUAAAGAGCUAUGGGAACCCUUGUUUGCCUGGGUGAGAGUCUGAGAAGCAGGCCCCUUGGGUACCCCUUGGGUGGCUUAGUUUCCUCAGCCAAGCUUUUGGCUUCUCCAUGUGCUGAGGGCGUGGGCAAUGCCACCUUGUCACCCUAGGCAGCCACAGCCCUGUCUGAACAUAGUCUCUCCCUGCCAUAGCCUCGGUGGCCUAGGGGAGCCAGCUCUACUUUGCCUCUUGCCUUCCCAGCUGGACCCCCAUGUUGCAGCAGGGGUCACCCCCAGCCACCACCAGGAAAUCAACAGCUGAGGUCCUAGGCCCCCAGAGUGGAGCAGGCAUGCUCCUGGUGACCUGUUACCGGGGCAGAAAGGAACCACAGGCCUGUUUAACCUGCUCUGCAGCCGCUAUAAAUAGUUGCCUUGUUUCCCACAGAGCAAAGGGGGUGUUUCUGUUCUAAAAAGCCAUGUAUUUGCCUGUACUCUGAGAGAUGGAGUCAGGCCCGAGGGGUGAUGUUUAUGUCUCAUCUCAACAAGUUGCAAGAGGGGAGAGAAUCCAGUGUCUUUCACACGCCUGGGCACUGAGUUAAAGAAACACCCGUGUACAGGUUUUAGUGCCGAGUGCCAUCUGAGACCUGGCUGGUUAAAGUCUCACCCUCUACUGGGAAACUGCAAAAGCCAUGCAUGCCCACCUCAGCCGCAGGAUACUAAGAGGCAACUUCCAGGUCAAAGAUGGUCAGCUUCGGGCCACAGGUACCAGUGGUCUAUGGAAUACAGCAUUGUCCUCAUUUGGCAGGUGAGGCCUGAGAUCCUGGGAGAGUCUUAAGGAUCAAGACACAGGAAGUGGCAUGUCUGGGAUUCCAGUUCCCCCCCAUCUGGUCCUGGCCUGCCUGCCCAACUUCUCAGGAAGCUCAACACUGCCCAAGUCUUCUUUCCUGCAAAUCAGCUGGAGAGUCUGGGUACCCACACCUGUGUAGAUGUUCUGGGCCACAGUCUCUGUGCUGCCCAUAUCCUAGAGGGGACAACUGUCCUCUAAGGCUCAUGCAUUUGCUGUCCAUCUGCACUGGGGUGUCAUGUGGGGCUGCUCUGGAGAGGGACCUUAAGCCACUCCCGUCUCGGGCAGCACCCCGUCCCCAUUUUCUAGACUCACUGCCCAUCUUGUGCCCUUUGAACCUCAAAGGCCAAGGGUAGGAUAAGGGAGGCCAGGUGACACCCCCCUCCCCCAUUCAUGGCAGCUGCAUCCCUGCCCACCAGAACUUCCUGGAAAAUAGUUGUUUCCCAGGCUAGAAAGGCUCCUCCUCUCACUCUGUCCCCAGAGCAUCCCUGGGUUUGACUUCUUGGGCAGCUGUCCUGUGCAGGCCGUGACACACAUUUUCACUUGUUUAACAUCCACUCACCAGCACGGUUCAUGAUCAGAACAUUAGGUUGAGGACUGGGACAAAAGGCAAAGCCUGUGAGCAGCAAUCAGACCAGAGAGAGGCAGGUAGCCAGCUCGUAAACUGAUUAGAUCACUCUGGAGUUGGGUCUUGUGCUAGCACAUAGUAGGUACUCAAUGAAAGACUACGGAUCAGACCAGGAGCAGGGUAUGAGUGGCCAGGGGUCUGGUGAAAUAGCACCCCAUAGAUAUCUAUGGGAACACAGAGCCAUUCAACAAGCCUUUGCUGAGUGCCCUCAGGAUAUGAGCUGCUGUAGGGUGGGGAAUGGAGAGCAUGUGCCCAGCCCUGAUGCCAGCCCUGAUGGACAGGGUAAGGAAUCAGCAGGGUGGAACACGUGGGCCUUCUUGACCACUCUCUUGCCUUGGAUCCAUCUAGUUAAAUGCCCACGAAGCUUCCGACACCCACGUUGGGUAUGUGGGCAUCCCUUGUGGUACGUGAGCUCUUGCCGAAUAGCCAAGACCCCACCAGUUAAUGAGCACCUGCAGGUCCUGCAGGGAGUCUCGGGAAGGGGGGGGGGCAGCUCCAUGCUACUUCCAAGCACUGGGCAGGGGGGUGAGGGUCAGACGCAAGAGCGCUGAGUUCCAGCUGAGAAUGACAUUGUACGGCCACCGAGCAUGGGAAGCCGUCACUGCUCACCACUCCACCGUCCUGCCCUGGCUGGGGACGCGGCUCAGGAACACUCGGCUUCCUGCAGUUUCUCCAUAUUUUAGUGUCUCCCCGUCUCUCUCACCCAAGUCCCUGAGAAAUUACCCAUUCGACAAUCUGUUUGUGCCUUACGGAAGUGUGUGUAUGUGUGUGCACUUUUUAAUCCUCUAAAAAUGCAGCCCUUCAAAGUGGACAAGAAGCUAGCAGAUGCGGCAGGGCUCCAGAGGCCAGCCAGGAGUCCCUGAGACCCUCCUGCCGUUUGAGGUUGGACUGAGAGUGUCCGCCCCCCCCCGCCCCCCCACGACCUGUGUACGGACCCUUUGAAACGUGUCUGUCCCUUCUGAUUCAAUACUGUGACUCUCCAGUCCCGUCUAGUCUUCGGGUAACUGUGUUAAAGGCCUGAAAGCUUGGGGGGUGAGCAGGGAAGGGUUUGCGCUGGUCUUUUGUGUGUCGUGUGUUCUGAUAUUUGUGUUUUUAUCUGUUUUAUAUUAACAUAACUUUCCUGUUUGAAAAAAAAACAAACAAAUACAACUUUGGCUUGAUUAAAAAAAAAAAGAAAGUCUUCGUCAUAA